UUGGGUGGGCGCGGCGUUGCCUCUAGGCAGUUUCCUCGGGGGUCUGCCGCUGUAGCCCGGCUCCUCCCCGGCAGAAGGCAGGGGCAGGUGGCACGAGCCGACGGGGGCGAUGCUGUUCCAGCUGAGCGCCCAGUUUGCGCCCCAGAGGGAUGUGGUGCCCUGGCUGUCGGAGCAAACUGAGGCAGCCGCGCUGGGAGACGGGAAUGCUGGUUCUUUGGGGAAUAAUUUGGAAACACUACAUACAGUAAAUGUUGAAAGAAAUGGAAAUGUUGUUUAUACCUGGAAGGGGAAUCAAGGGUACACGUAUAUUGGGUUGUAUGAUCCCAAUAGCCAAAAAAAUCAGCACCUAUAUACUUUUGAAAAAGACCUGCAUGUGAUCAGUUGCUCAGUCAACAAUGAGAAGACGUUAUUGGCUGUCACUUUUCUUCAGCCAACAAGGGAAGAAAGAAUAAAUCUAUUUCAACCAGUGUCUAAAUGUCUGACCUUGCUAAUUGAAAUUCACCCACUUAAUAAUGAGAGAGUUUUAAAGGCCGUGGAUAGCUGCAUCAGAGUGCAAUUUCUAUAUCCAGUUGCACAAACAAAUACUUUCCCAGAAAGCUGUCUCUUACUCAUUUCAGAAGAUAAAUAUGUUGAAAAAUUUGACAUCAGGGUUGUCAAAGAAGGACACAACGUGAUGAUUGAAAAUUCAAGCCAGCUUUCAGGAGAGAGAAUUGCUGAUGAUUUCAUUUGGGUCCAGUGGGACAUGCUGGAACAAAGACUAUUCUACAUUGUACCAAAGGAAUCAAGGGACACACUAAACUGUAUCCAGUUUUAUCCUGAUAAAAAGUUCAAACUAAUACUUGAAGCACCUUUGGAUAUCUCCUGGGAUGACAUAGGAUUAAAACCUGUGAAUUUGGAUUACAACUAUUUUCAAGACCAAGAGAUUAUACCUAAACCUUUGAAUAUACAGGUUUUUACCAGUGAAACAGGAAGUUUAUGCGUAUGUUGUUAUCUGGCUUCUGUUUAUCCUGGAGAAGUGGCAUACUCCGUGUCCUUCCUACAUAAAGGCUAUAGUAAAACAUAUACUAUUACAUUGGAAAGAGUAGAUAUCCUAAAAGUGAAGGAUCUGUCUUUUUUGAAUCUUGACUGUUAUGUGGCUGUCUACUUACCUGGACACUUUCUGCAUCUUCUCAACACUCAGCAUCCUGACUUGAUGUGCUAUAACUUCUUUCUAACAGGUGGGGAUGCAAAGCUCAACAGUUUGCACACUAGCACCAUCUUUUCCCCUACCAAGUCGAUGGUCUUGGAUCGCAGCACGGGAGGAAUUUUUACUGUUGCCAUAAACAAGCAAGCCUUACUGGAAUUUCUCUGGAAUAGCAAGUUGGAUAGUGACAGACUGGCAGCCCUGCACUGUUUGCUUCUCCAUGUUGGAAGAACAAUGGAAUUGGAAACACAGAUUAUCCAGUGGAUUUCUGAGAACAUGUCGACUUGUUUUACAUUUGAUCCGAUACAGGAAUUUAUCAUUGCUGCUUUAUAUUGGAGAAUGUGUUUGGAGGCCAUCAACCUGGAUAAACUCUUACCAUACACAGCACUGCUUUACUGGAAUGAGGAUGUUCCUGGAAUUAUAUGCAGAACAGACAUUAUCUCAUUACCUGUGUUAAAGGUACAUAAUUGCAAAGGCUUCUGGGAAAAGCUACAUUUGAGCCUGGAAUAUGUGAAAUAUGCUGAGCCAUACUUGCAUUUUAAUUGCAAGGUGCUUAAGAGGGAAUGGGAUAAGCUGCUUUCAGAUGAGAGAACUGAAGAGAGAACAACAUAUAUGAAAAAUAUAUUUGAAAAUGCCAAAAGGGUAAUUUCCACCAUGAAUACAUUGAACACAGAAGAAAGGUUGGUUCCUCUUUUCCAAGAUGAUGAUUACGAGCAACAAUUGCUAACGGGACUGAUGGUUGCACAGUUGAAAGAGCAUCUCAUGAGGCACCUACAAUUUAUUGGCACAAAGAAGAUUGACCAAAUAGCUGUGGAUUAUGUUUCAAAAUUGCUGGAUCUAAUAAGCUGGAUAAUGGAGAAUGUUUGGAAGAAAUAUAGUCUUGAUUCAUGGGCCUUCUCUCUCAGACAGACAGGAAAAUCAAAUGAGAUCGUUGUGUUCCACAUCAUGUGUCACAUUCUACAGGCUGCAAAUGGAAUGUGUAUGCCCUUGCCUCCCGGAUUUCAUACCCUGCAUAUGGGUCUGGGAGUGCGAUGUCUCCCUUUGCACACGCUCUUGCAUUACAUUGACCACGGAGUGCUGCAUUUAACAGAAAAGUAUGUCGUAAAACUUUUGAAAGAAUUGGACAACACUGAAAAGAAUGAAAAACUCAAACUGAGUAUCCUCACAAGGCUUCCUGAGGCAAGUAGUCGCAAGGUCAGUCAGCUCUGGAACCAUCCCGUAAGCUCGAACACUGUUGCAAGGAACUAUGUUAAAUUCUUGCUUGAGAAACUCAGGAAUAAACGGCGCAGUAUGGUAGUAGUGGACAGACUGUCGACCCGAAUUGACUUUCUUCCGCUCAACUAUUUGGUUAAUAUGUUAGCAGAGGAGGAGUGUCAAGGAUGGAUGUCUUCUGUAGAACAAAAGAUCAUGAACGCAAGAUCUGUUGAAGAAUUGGCAUUGAAGCACACGGCAAUGCUCUUAGGUCUUUAGUAUUGCUUACUGAAAAGAAAAUGGUUAUCUCAGCAGCAUCCCAGCUUUGCAAUAUCUAUUACCAAGUGGACAUUUAAAUGUUAGGGGGGGGGUAAAAGAAAAUUGGGGUUUAGAAGACUGGGGUGAAGCUGCAAUUAUAAUAGUUUUCAGGGAAAUACUAAAAACUCUGCUUAAGGAAAAUUCAGGAUAAUGAUUCUUUAUUGUUAAUGGGAGAUAUUCGUGACAUUGUUCUUCCCCUAAACCAGUCACGUUCAGGUAGCUACAAGCUAUUAUAAAAUUGUCUGCUGUAAUAAAAAUUCUAAUUCAGAGAACAAUAAAUAUGGAGUGAGAAAGAAAGGAAUAACUCCGUAAUGGAACUAUAAAACUGGCAACUGGUUGUACACUGAUGGGCUACCUUUAUAAGCUUAGGAUGCAUGAAAAAUCCAGGAUGGCAAAUAAAAAUAGCUCGUUGUAAAUAAUGGGAAUAAUUGUACAUUAAUAUCUUUGCUUAGUGUAACUAGCUGAGGGCUUUGUAAAAUAUCAUUUUCCUUGAGUAUACUUCACUGUUAUGUGUGAAAAGGAUAAAAUUCUACUCUGGGAUAUUUAUUUAAAUACUCUCCCUUGUUAACUUCCAGUGGGCAUCAUCCACUCUUAAGUUAAGCACUGUUAAAUUCCAUUGAUAUUGGUGGGAGAAGUAGGCGUUUGUCUUAAUUUCUUCCAUUGAAAUCAAUAGAAUUAAGUAUGUUUAAUUUCACCUGGAUUGUGCCUUCUGAUUCUAGAUUGUCAAUGUGAAAAGAAGUUACUAUUUAGAAAACAGUCAUAUUUCUUGCCUUAAUUUCUCACCUAUGUUUAUACAGCACUAAGCUCCCUUGUUUUGUUUUUUUAGCUGUGGUUUCUAACAACAAUAGAAAAUGCUAGUUUCCAGCCGGGAAAGUUUUCAGUUUCCUAUGUUGGCAUACCAUUAAACUGAUGUAAUUUUACUUGUAUAAUAGAUUUUUUUGGUAACUACACAUAUUUGGCCUGUAGUAAACCAAAAUGGGGAAGGAGCCUUUAAGUUAGAUGUUGCAUACUUAAGUGUCCUGUUCCAAUAGGACUGAAGCAUAAUUAACUGUGCAGGAAGGAGUGCAGCCAGAAUUGAUUUCAGAUCUUUGUAUGUUUUUUUAAACAGAGUAUAAUUACAAAUUGGAACUAGGGGUCAAAGCAAACACAGUCUAGAAAAAAAAAGCCAGGUUAUUUCUUAUGUAUCUAGGUGCAGAAACUCUCACUUUGUUAUUCUGUCUGGUAUGACUUCUCUUACCUCUGUAAUACAGAUACUGAAAGUUACUAGACUGUCUUUUCUGCUUUUUAAGAGGAAAAGAUGUAAUCACUAAUGUAAAUAAGUAUCACAACCUCAUUUUAUUGUAGAGUUCCUUUUAUUUGUGCAAUGAACCACAGUGCCAUACAUCUCUAUGUAACAACAAACUACAGUUUUCUAACGUUAAUACAUUAUUGUAUAAAGUGUGAGAGAUAAAAUCACUAUACUACUUGGAAUAUUGCCUUGUAUGUUUAGAUACUAAAUGCAUAAAAGGAAAAAGUGUGGUACUGUUGACUAGGUGUAUUUUACUACUUGUAAUUCUUUCCAUUUAAGGAAUGCAGUUCACAAAACCCUACUGAACAAUGCCGUUCAUUUCAUUAUGGUUUGCGUGAAAACAAGGGAGUACUUUAGAUAGCAACAGCAUUGCUUGGUCUAUUAUGCCAAUAAAGUUCUAACCCAGCCA